AUGAAGGUGUUUACUUAUUUGACAAUUGUUCAGUUGAUUGUAUGUUCUUAUAAAUGUGUGGGUGGGUCCAGUGUGAUGUCGAAAUUAGAGAAGAGUAAUGGAAACUAUGUAAAUAAAAAAUUUAGCAAUAAAAAUAAAGAUGAAUGUAAUAAAAAAAAUAAAAAAAAUGGUAAUGAUAUAAAAAUUAAUAAUUUAAUAGAAGAGUAUGGUAAUACAUCAAAUGAAAUGUCAGAAAAAACAUAUAUUGAUAAUAUAUAUGAUGAAGGGAAAGAAAAAUAUGACGAAGAUUUAGAAGAAGUAGAUAAAGAGUUCGCAAAUUUAAAUCAAAACAAUUUUGAAGAAAUAAACAAUGUCAAUUCGAAAGAAGACGAUAAUAAUGAUAAUGACAAUUUUGAGAAUAACAACAAUUUUGAGAAUAACAACAAUUUUGAGAAUAACAACAAUUUUGAGAAUAACACAACUGUGUCAAAUUAUGAAAAUGUGUCAAAUUAUGAAAAUGUGAAAGAUACAAAUAACGGAGUAAGAUAUUUUUCUGAUAUAUUAUAUGAGGGAAAAAAAAAAAAAAUUUUAUUAAUUCAUAUUUUGAAAAAUAUUAAAAAAACUUUAAAUAGACAAAAUGAAAACUUUAGAAACUUCCUUUCCUUUUUAAGUGAAAAUUAUGAAAACUAUGAAAAAUAUACAUUGCUAAAAAAUAAUUUUAAAUAUCAAAAUAUGCCAUUAGGAAUGUCUAACUCUGACACUAUUCAAUCGUUUUUAAGUAUUAAGGAAGCAAAUAAUAAAUGUCCUAUGAAAUCACAAAAUGGUGGAAAUGCCGAGAAUGUCGAGAAUGAUAAUGCCGAGAAUGACGAUAAUGAUAAUGACGAUAAUAACAACUUCCAAGAUGAUGACAAUAACAACUUCCAAGAUGAUGAUAAUGGAAAAAAAGAAAGCAAUCCAGACGAAAUUCAAGAAGUUAUUGAUAUGUUAAAAAAUAUUAUAAAAUCUAAUAAUAUUUCUUUUCAACAAAAAGAAUAUUUAAAAUUAAUUAUUCAAGUUUUAGAAUUAGAAGAUGAUUUAUUAGAUAAAGAAAAAAUACAAGUUGAAUUAAAUAAAAAUAUUAUUAACAUAUUAAUGGGAAAAUCAAAUGAAUUAAGAGAUUUGGCAAUCAAGUUAAGUAAUGAAAGUGGAAAUCCUGAAAGUUCACAAAGAGUUGAUUUAGCUCAAAAUAUUGUUUCAAAUCUCUUAAAUUUAUCUGUUGAAUUAAAAAAUACAGGAAAUAUUGUAUAUAACAAUAUUCAAGGACAAGGAGAACUACUUCAAACUAUUGAUAAAACUAUGAGCAAGGCAGGUAAUAAAUUAAAAAACAUACGAGUACAUACUGAAUACAAAGGUAUGAACCCAAAUGAUGACUAUAACAACGACGAUAAUAACGAUAAUAAUGAUAAUAAUAAUAAUGACAAUAAUAACGAUAAUAAUGAUAAUAAUAACAAUAAUGAUAAUAAUGAUAAUAACGAUAAUAAUGAUAAUAUUAUUAAAGUAGGAAAAGGUAAUAAAUAUAAUAAAAAUUAUGGUAAAAAUAAAUCAAGACGUGGAUUAAAAAAAUUUAAAAAAUUAGGAAAUAAUCCAAAUGGAGAAAAUAAUGAUAAUAAAAAAAACACUUUAAAACAUUUCAGUCUUGAUGAAAAUAUGAAAAAUCAUUUUUUCAAUAUAUUUAAAAAGGAUGAAAUAGCUCUCAAGAAAUUAUAUAGAAUGCUUUCUAAUUUAAUUUAA